AUGAACCCGAGAGGCUACCGUAGCAACAGAACUUCUCUCUUCGAUGGCAUUGAGGAGGGUGGAAUCAGAGCAACAUCCUAUUCUUCCCAUGAGAUAGAUGAGCAAGAAAAUGAUCGAGCUAUUGAUGGACUGCAGGAUCGUGUCAGCAUUCUCAAGCGGUUGUCAGGAGAUAUCCAUGAAGAGGUGGAGACUCAUAACAGAAUGCUAGACCGAAUGGGGAAUGAUAUGGAUUCAUCAAGGGGUUUUCUCUCUGGAACCGUGGACAAAUUCAAGAUGGUAGAAGCAUCCGUUGUGAAAGCUCUGUGGGCUGGCGUGCUCAAGAACAUGCUGGAAAUGGAUGUGCUGAUCUGCAUACUGUGUCGUAUAUACCUUGAAAACUCACUUUUCUGA